CAUCAUUUUUCACAUUCUUGUUUGCCUUAUUGCUGAGUUUUUGCAUUACUGUGGGAAAUUUGUGUGCAAGGCUUUUGCCAAAAUUAUAUAUGAUCCUUCUUAUAUCAAGGCACACCUCCUUCAAUCAAAGGAUGCCUUGUUCAUCCAAAAAUUUGGUGAGCCAUAUCAUUUAUGUUUCCUUGAGUUUAAUGAGGGAGAAUUCAAACAUCACACCUAAACUGUCAUGGACAUAUGGUCUCUAGUUGUGGUGGCUUAUCACUGUUUGGCUCAUGUCCUGAGAGAUUUCUUUUUGUUGGGAAUCAUGUGACACAAAAGUAUAAGAACCUACCUUUUCCUAUUGCGAAAGGUCAUCUCUUGCUCUCUUGUCAUAUUGGUUACAUUUCUUGCACUGAGGAGUACAAGGUGGUUUGCCAUUGUGAAAUAUCAGGUGGAGAAUAUAGGUGGUUUGUAUUGUCUGUGGAUAAAAAUAACAUGUCAUGGAGAAGAAUGGAGACUUCACUAAAAAGAAUCAGUUUUUAUUGUGAUGAUGGAGCUUCAGUGUCUGUUGGAGGCGAUAUUUAUUGCUCUCAAAUGAACAGUCAUAUUUUUGCUGUUGACCUGUAUGAUGAACCUUCUCACUCCAUUCAAGUUCCAAAUGAAUUUGUUGGGAGUUGUUAUAGUCUUCUUGAGCUGGGGAAUAGUUUAUCUUUCAUUGUGAGACAUUUGGCAGAGGUUCAUGUAUGCAUAUUAAAGGACUUACGUUGUAAUGAAUGGGCUAAACGUGGCUUAUCAUUGUUUUCAGGCUCAUAUCCUGAGAGAUUUCUUUUUGUUGGGAAUCAUGUGACACAAAAGUAUAAGAGCCUACAUUUUCCUAUUGCGAAAGGUCAUCUCUUGCUCUCUUGUCAUAUUGGUUACAUUUCUUGCACUGAGGAGUACAAGGUGGUUUGCCAUUGUGAAAUAUCAGGUGGAGAAUAUAGGUGGUUUGUAUUGUCUGUGGAUAAAAAUAACAUGUCAUGGAGAAGAAUGGAGACUUCACUAAAAAGAAUCAGUUUUUAUUGUGAUGAUGGAGCUUCAGUGUCUGUUGGAGGCGAUAUUUAUUGCUCUCAAAUGAACAGUCAUAUUUUUGCUGUUGACCUUUAUGAUGAAACUUCUCACUUGGGGAUUAAACACCCAGAGAUCAUGAUUCAGUACCCAUAUGGAACAAAGGAAAAUGUUUCAGUGCUCAAAAGUCAUAUUUUUGCUGUUGACCUUUAUGAUGACACUUCUCACUCCGUUCAAGUUCCAAAUGAAUUUGUUGGGAGUUGUUAUAGUCUUCUUGAGCUGGAGAAUAGUUUAUCUUUCAUUGUGAGACAUUCGGCAGAGGUUCAUGUAUGCAUAUUAAAGGACUUACGUUGCAAUGAAUGGGCUAAACUUUACAAGAUUACAGAAGCAAUAGAUGGACCGAAUAUUUUAUGUGAGAGUUUCAUACCUGUUGGUUGUUGGUUGGCUGGAUGA